AUGGCCUCGUCGAUUGGGACUAGCAGUGGGAUCCCCUCUAUCAUCAAGAAUCCCGCUCGGAAUGACAUUCUCUGUGGAAAGGGAAAGGAAUGUAAUGCAGCAGAGGGAUCGCAGCGGUACCGUCUGAUCAUCGACUCCUUCCGUCGCAAGUAUUCUGCUGCAGCAACGAGAACGGGUAAGAUGGAAGUAACCAUGGAGAUCUAUCGUCUAUUGGUAAAGACCAAAUCUCGCUUCUUGCGGUACAAUGAGGCCGAGCAGGGAUGGGCGGAAAUCCCAUUUCUUCAGGCCCGCGAUAAAAUUGGCCACGCCCUGAGAUUUGCCAAUCGGUCCAACAGGAGGACUCCAGAGUUUAAGGGAGCAUUAGAAGCCCUUGGCUUGACCGGCUCCCUUUCUGAUCAAGAUGCCCCCAGCAGUUGUGGUGAUGUUGCUCCCAGCAGCAGUACCACAAGUCCUGUUGCCUCAGCUGAUGGCGCACUAUCCAGUUGUAGUGGCCCCCAGCAGAUGCCAAAAUGUGAACCGCAAGGUCCACUGAGAAAGAAAAUCAAGAGAGAUGCCUCUGAAGAUUUGUAUGUUGUGGUUAAGGGUGCUGAUAAAACCCAAAAGAAUGAACCAGUUCCUUCCUGCUCCCCCGAAGACACCCACUCCAAGCAGAUCAAACCAGACGAGACUAUGAUAAAACGGAAAAGAAUGGUCACAGGUUUGAUGAGUCCUUCGUUUGACCUGAGUUCGAUUCUUGGUGGGCGCACAAAAGAACCCGGUGAACAGCAAGCGCCAUCGUCAAGCGCCGUCAAGCAACCGAAGGGUGGAGGUUCUGUGUCAGUACCUUCGGAGAUGAUGCCCUUUUUAGAUCCUACAUCCAAGAUAUCUGCUUCUCUUUACGAGGGUAUCAAGACCCAAGAACGUGCAACUGGAGGGAGUUUGCCUCAUGCUAAUUCCUGCCUGGCUUCCGCUGUUCAGGCCGGGAAUUCAACGCCUCAAACGAACACGUAUAUGGAGUGGAUGAUGUCUACGCCCAAGUUUUCCGGCCCCUUUGCCCUUUUUGACAACUCCAGCCACGAAUCUGGGCUUCAGUCGUUGAGCACACGUCAUCUCGCGAGCACACACCCUACUCUGGGUCUGAAGAAGCUUCCUGUUGAUACUCCAGAUCCGUCAAGUGUGGUUCGCACCAUGCAAACAAGUUGCGAGAGUGCUUCGAAAGAUCCUUGUCAAAUGGUUGAUCAGCAUUGUGGGCGCCUAUCCAACCCAUUCUCUCGUGGAGACUUUCAAGGAAAUUGGGGAGCCACUAGCACUGCGACGUUUACAUCCACCGCUGGUUCGGACGACUGGAAGAAACUAGCAGGGCCUCCUGCUUUUGACUUACCACAAGGAAACCCGUCGACGUUUGCAUCUACCGCCGGUUCGGACGACUGGAAGAAACUAGCAGGGCCUCCUGCUUUUGACAUACCAAAAGGUAGCACGUCGACGACGACUUCCUCUGCGAUACCUGUCGACUGGAAGAAUGAUGGGCCCCCAACUUUCGAUGCACAGAAUGGGAGCACAGCGAGUGUGUGCUCGACGAGUUCCAAAGACUGGAAGAACCUGGAAGGGCCUCCAGAAGUUGACGUUCAGCUAGGUACGUCGUUCGUACCAUCGGAUACGGUCACUUAUAGUGCUCCGUUUGGCAUGCAGUCGUUUGAGUUUGAAGCCCAAUCUUUACUGAUGCGGGACACUUUAGGACAAAAACUGUGCAACAAGGGUCCUAAUCGCAAGACGUGCAACAUGAAGAAAGCCGAAGAACGUCCGGCAGCUGCAAACAGAGUGACCGCGCCACUUCCAAACCGUCUCAAGAAAUGCCCCAAGGUGCAUUCUUACGCAGACCAUGAAGAGGAAUCAACGGGUGGAGUAUCGUCCUACGACGAUUUAUUGAGUGAAUACUUGGUAGCACGGAACGCCACAUCAAGUCUCAAGGACAGGGACGACAGCAAUUGGAAGGCACCUGAUAAGCAAACGAUAGUGGCGCCUCCGAGCAACUACAUAGGACCGCCUCCAGUUCGGUCGUUGAUGCUGCGGAAGCCAAGUCGUGCCGUUGUGGAUCGAUUACCAUCACCAACUACGAAGCCGAACGACUUGGCAUUAAUUCAUGAAGCUGCCAGGGACAUUGAUGAGUGGUCAGAUCGUACUUCUCCACCCGCGUCACCGUGCCGGUAG